CGGCGACGCGGCCCGCGCGCCCCCCCGGCCCGGUCCCCGGCCUCGCGGGCCCCCGGCGGGCCCAUGGGCGGCGCGGCGGCGCGGGUGCCCUGAGCACGGCGCGGGUCCCGGGUGCGCGCCCGCGGCGAGCGGCAGCCAGGUCAGGCGCCAUGUACUAGUGCACUGCGAGCACCACGAGGCCACACCCUCCUCACCCCCAGGGUCACUGCCACCGCCCCACCAUGGCUGGGGACCGGCUCCCAAGGAAGGUGAUGGAUGCCAGGAAGCUGGCCAGCCUGCUGCGGGGUGGGCCCGGGGGGCCCCUGGUCAUCGACAGCCGCUCUUUCGUGGAGUACAACAGCUGGCAUGUGCUCAGCUCCGUCAACAUCUGCUGCUCCAAGCUGGUGAAGCGGCGGCUGCAGCAGGGCAAGGUGACCAUCACCGAGCUCAUCCAGCCUGCCACACUCAGCCAGGUGGAGGCUGUGGAGCCACAGGACGUGGUGGUGUAUGACCAGAGCACGCGAGAUGCCAGUGUGCUGGCCGCAGACAGCUUCCUGUCCAUCCUGCUCAGCAAGCUGGAUGGCUGCUUCGACAGUGUGGCCAUCCUCACAGGGGGCUUCGCCACUUUCUCCUCCUGCUUCCCCAGCCUCUGCGAGGGCAAGCCCAGUGCGCUGCCACCCAUGAGCCUCUCCCAGCCCUGCCUGCCCAUGCCCAGUGUGGGCCUGACCCGCAUCCUGCCUCACCUCUACCUGGGCUCUCAGAAGGAUGUCCUCAACAAGGAUCUGAUGACCCAAAACGGCAUAAGCUAUGUCCUCAAUGCCAGCAACUCCUGCCCCAAGCCAGACUUCAUCUGCGAGAGCCACUUCAUGCGCAUCCCCAUCAAUGACAACUACUGUGAAAAGCUGCUGCCCUGGCUGGACAAGUCCAUUGAGUUCAUAGAUAAAGCCAAGCUGUCCAGCUGCCAAGUCAUCGUCCACUGUCUCGCCGGCAUCUCCCGCUCCGCUGCCAUUGCCAUUGCCUAUAUCAUGAAGACCAUGGGCAUGUCCUCAGAUGACGCCUACAGGUUUGUGAAAGACCGGCGCCCAUCCAUCUCGCCCAAUUUCAACUUCCUGGGCCAGCUGCUGGAGUACGAGCGGAGCCUGAAACUGCUGGCCGCCCUGCAGGGCGAUACUGCCCACCCAGGGACCCCCAACUCCCUCCCAGGCCCCACAGCAGGGGUACCACUGCCAAGGCUGCCACCACCUACCUCAGAAAGCGCUGCCACUGGGAGCACAGCAGUCACUGCAGCCAGGGAGUGCGGCACAUACGGGGAGACCCCAGCUGCCACCCCAGCCACCAGUGCCCUUCAGCAGGGCCUGCGCGGCCUGCACCUGUCCUCCGACCGCCUGCAGGACACCAGUCGCCUCAAGCGCUCCUUCUCCCUGGACGUCAAGUCAGCCUACGCCCCCAGCCAGCGGCCUGAGCAUCCCGGGCUGCCCGACUCUGGCGAGAUUCCCAAGCUGUGCAAGCUAGACAGUCCCUCAGGGGCUACGCUGGGCCUCCCCUCACCAGGCACUGACAGCCCAGGUGCCACUACAGAGACGCGCCCCCGGCCCCGCCGGAGGCACCGGCCUCCCACCAGCUCCCCAGCCCGCUCUCCAGGGGUGCACAGCCUAGGCCUGAACUUCAGCGAUGCAGGGCGCCAGACUCCACGUCAUGGCCUCUCUGCCCUGUCCACACCUGCGCUGCCUGGCCUAGGUCAGCCAGCCAGCCCAGGGGUCUGGGUGCCACCACUAGACUCCCCAGGGACGCCGUCACCUGAUGCGCCCUGGUGCUUCAGCACUGAGGUUGCACAGGGGCCCUUCGGCCUGGCAGGUGUGCCCGGGCCUGGCAGUAGUGGCGGCAGUGGCACCAGGGACAUGCGCGUCGGCUGGCCUGAGGAGCCGGCCCCCGACUCCCAGUUCAAAAGAUGCAGCUGCCAGAUGGAGUUCGAGGAGGGCAUGGCUGAGGGACGCGUGUGUGGUGAGGAGCUGGCUGCCCUGAGCAAGCAGGCCAGCUUCCCGGGCAGUGUGGAGGUCAUCGAGGUCUCCUGACCCCAGGGGCCCAGUCCCUGGCCACUGCCUCACACCUCAGGCAGCAGCCAGCCCAGGAUAAAUAUAGGUUAUGUGUAAUACAAAGGAAGGUAAACGGUUUUACUGCGAUUUUUACCAAGAAGUAAAUAUUUCAAUUUUUUAUUUAUUUAAGCAGUUCAUGCUGGCAAUGAUUUGGCAACCAUGUGGGUGGCCCUGGACGCUCUGUUUUUACUGUCUGGUAUUUAAACGGAAACACUCAUCUCUAAGCAAUAGGAGGUCACCUUCCGUCACUGUCGCUGAGCUGCAGUGCCAAGCCUGGGACCUCCCUGCGCCUCCCGACCCUGAAACACUGCUGAUGUUGCAAAGAGACUGCCCGGCUUUUGUGCACUUUUUACGUAAGAAAAAGGGGCAAAAAGGAAAAAAAAAAAACUUCUUUGCCACAAACUGAGCCGCAGAACCUCCAUCCCUCUCCAUCCACCUGUCUCCUUCCCUCCACAGCUCCAGCAGUGGCCUCCUCUCCCUUGGGCUCUGUACCAAAGCCAUAGAUGAGGGAAGCUGUCCACAGGAGCAGGGGCCCCACCAGCUCAGAGGACAGUUCUUGGUGGAAUGGGGACACCCUUGCUCCCUGUCACCCAGGGCUAUCCCCUGGCAGGUGUUGACCAGCACUAGCUCCUGAGUUGGAGGACCUGGGACCCCAGGGCAAGGAUGGGCAGAGUGCUCCCCCCACCCUGUGCCAGGUCCAGAGAGGCCUUGUAGAUGCAGUGCUCUCCUCUUCUCUCCUUCGGGGGUGUCUCCAGGGAAGCCUGCAGGAAAGAAGACUGGUCUGGCGUCUGCAUGGAUCAGACAGGAGCCCUGGUCUGGAUCCAAGGGAUGGCUCGUGGUCUGCAGAGUCGCCCCCAAGGCCUGCCUUGUACUUGCCAAGGUCCUGGACUUCUGGGGUUGGGGUCCUUGGCUUCAGAGAGCUGCUCCCCUGACAGGUACUAGAGAAGCCCCCUCGUCUGCCUGGCCCCCCCAGGGCCUCUGAGGAGAGAACCCUCUGUGUACCUCUUUCCUUUCCCAGGCACUGGCCCACACAUUUUUAGGGUAAUGUGCCAGCCCCCACCCUCUGGGGCAUUUUUGGCCCAGGAGGCCAGCAUGGGGGUACAGGUAGGGGGAGCCUCAGCCACCUUGCUCUACACGCUCUUGGGUCACUGGGCCUGAAGCUUUGGGAGUAAGGGCAGCCUCUCAUGUCCUGGAGUCCAAGGGUUGCCCAGCACCUCAGAAAAGCUCAUAGGCUUGGCAGGAGUGCCCAGUAGGGCUGGCUCUUGCAUGGUGCCCUUCUGCCCACUGCCCACCCCCACCACUGUGUCUCUCUGUUCUUUUGACCCUGCCCUAUGUCCCUAUCAUCCCUCCUUCAAGCAAAGUCCCAUUCCCAUGCCUUUCUUCCCCCAUGCCCUGUCCCCAAGAAAAUAAGCUAUCACUGUUGUAUUUGCAAUCUAUGGAUUAGAGGUUUAAGUAUUUAUUAUUAUUGGUUAAUUAUUAUUAUUAUUAAUUAUGUAAAUUUGCCUCCUGUCUGUUGCUUUGGGUUUCUGAGGUGACCCUGGGUAUGGAGGAUGUACUGCCCACAUCGCCCACCCCUCUGCUGUCCAGGAGACAGUGGUCAGGGGCUGCUGGCUGGGCCCCUGCCCUCCCCUGGCGGGGGCGUGUAAGGCCCUGAGGUCUCAUUCCGUCUCUGUCCCCACUUUCCUGACACUGUUACCCCAGAGUUAGCAGCCAGGGCAGGGAGACGGUCCCAAGUGUGCUGGGACCAGUACAAGGUAGGCACAAGGGCCCUCAAAUCUUCGAUGCUGCCUGGCCUUGAGGUUCUCCCAGAAUGGGCCUGGCCCCUCCUGUUAUUUGCUAGAAAGUCCAGUGGAGGAGGGCACCCACACACAAGGCCCUGUGCCUGUGGACCCAAGGAGCCGACUGCCCCUGGGAGCCCUGCCCCUGCAGGCCGCACUUCCUGUUCCUUCCUUUUGUAUUUGGAAACCAUGUGUUGUAAUAAAUCUCAAGACAUGUUUUCCCCA